CAAUUAUGAAUUCAGAGCUAAUAGCAAACCGGCCGAUAUACACAACCUCCCUCACUCACCUCACUUCACUCUCACGCCACCGCACAGCAGCUCUGGAAGUCUCCAGAGUCAGCUCCACACUUCACCAUCCUCACACACACUAUCAUCCUCACCGUCACUAUACCAUUAGGUCCGAGAGCGCUACGAAUCAAAAGCUUGACAUCCUUAGUCUCCGGUACACAUUCCCGCACAUAUAUAGGUGACGGCCGCGGUAUCUGGUUCCAGGUUACACAUCUCAGCCAUUUUCGUUUCAUCAUGGUAUGCAUUUAAACAUCAAUGUUUUGAAUAUGAUUUGGAGUUCAACACAUAUCCAAUUUUCUUAAAGGAAUCUAGGGGGCUAAAAUGUCCAGGUUUCGUUCACUAUUGCAAGCAUCCCUUGCUGCAACUAAAAGAGCUCUUACAUGGAACCUUGAAGACUUAACUCCUCCACGUGAAAGAUUAAUAUUCAAUUUCAACUCAAAAGCUGAACUGAAAAAGUGGCAUUUAUAUUCAGAUUCUGAAUAUGGAGGUGCAUUUACCUGGAUCUACACCCAGAAUUGGGUGAAUUCUCCUGGGCAAGAGGAAGAUAACUCAUGGCAGGCAUUUGUUUUUGUACCUAAAGACGACUGGUACAUAGCUAAGAUACCACUUUCCAUGUACGUGCCGACAUGGAGAGGAAACAUAAUAAAUGCAAAGUUGGAGAUGAAUCCAUCCCGAGUUCUGGCUAUGGCUCUAUCUGUCAAUGCAGAAGGUGGAGUCCCAGGUGCGAGGUCUGGCCCCAGAGAUUUUCAUGUGGAAAUUGAUUGGAUCAAAGCCUUGCGAACAGUAUGAACAAGAGGCUGAAGCAGGUUUUACUACUUAGAAAAUGUGGAUGCAACUGUGGGAUGGACCGAAAAGGAAAGAUGUACAAUUUUAGCGGGAUGGAAGAAAUACUUCAUAACUCAUUCCAGUAACUUGCAAAGGUCGACUGAGGCUGCGCUUAGAUUUGUAUUGAUAAGUACUCUGAUUUCCCACUUUCCUAGUUUGGUUGUUUUUCCCCAAUGGCUCGUGUGCUUAUAAUGCGGGCACAUCAGUAAAUACUUACUUUGGUUUCGUUUUUUUUUUUUUGCGUUGUCACCACAAAAUCUAUACUAAUAUAAAAAGAGAAACCAAGACAUAACAGUUUCCGCCUCAAAGUUACGGAUCGGCAAAUAAGCGACGCUUGGAUUUGUUGCCUUUUUUCGAAUGGGCAAAUAAGCGAACCUUGAAUCGUUGCCUUUUUAACCUCAACAGUUUCAAACUUUCAAUCAUCAAUCGGUACCACAUUGCUCUAUAAAUUGUUGGGAUUGAAAAUUCUUCUAUUCAAUAUCAAGAAUAGAAUUACAAUAGGAGGAUCAAAUUCUUUCACACAACUAUUAUAAAAAAUCAAUCCUCACCUAAUAUUUCACUCUUCACACACGUUUCUCACUUUCUAAAA